AUGGUGACCUUACUGCAAUAUGAGUCAAGUCUGAGGAUGGACAACACGUCCGGGCUUGGAAGUCCUUUUGUGUUCCUAGGAUUCCUGGAGAUGGAAAGAUACUGGAUCCCUUAUUCCAUCGUAGCCUUGGGCCUUUACCUUAUCCCUACUAUGUUGUGUUGUCUGAUUGUCUACGUUAUAUGGGUUGAGGAAAGUCUCCACGAACCUAUGUAUGUCUUCAUUUCUAAUCUUCUCCUCAAUGGUGUUUUUGGAAACAGUGUUAUAUUUCCUCAAGUUAUUGUUUAUUUACUGUCAGGAUCCUCAACCAUAUCCUUCCCAGGAUGCAUCACUCAGACCUUCUGCGUGCAAACCUUUUCUACGGUGGAAAUUUUCACUUUUACCACCAUGGCCUAUGACCGAUAUUUAGCAGUAGGAAACCCUCUGAGAUACUCUUCCCUCGUAACAAAUACGAAGGCUCUAAAAUAUAUCAUUAUUAUUUGGGCUUUUACCUUUUUACUUGUCUUGGUUCCUGUGAUAAUGACAACUAACCUCAGCUUUUGUGGGGUCAAUAUCAAUAAUAUAUUUUGUGAGAAUAUGUCUUUACUCAGACUGGCUUGUGGUGACUCCUCAGUGAAUAACAUUUUUGGACUCGUAGAAACGUUGCUUGUCCUUGUGGUGACUCUACUGGUUAUUUUCUAUUGUUACCUCAGGACUCUGUUGAUUUGUUUGAAGACCUCCGGGUCAACAUCUCACAAGGCCGUCAACACCUUGGUCACCCACAUCCUCACCUUUUCGGUUUUUAUGACUGCAUCACUUUUUGUUUUUUUAAGAUACAGGCUGAAUGGUGGGACCAUUUCUAUCAUGGUUCAUGUCUUACUUUCCAUCACUGGUCUUCUUACUUCGGUCAUUGUUAAUCCUAUCAUCUAUGGACUCAGGACAGAAGCUUUGAAAAUAAAACUGAUCUCUAGUUUGCAAAAAAAAGUUUCAAAAUGUUUUCUCAGAAAAGUGGCAAUAGAGAAGACACUGUGA